AUGCAGGUGGCUCUCAAGGAGGAUCUGGAUGCAAUAAAGGAGAAAUUUCGAACUAUGGAAUCUAAUCAAAAGACAUCAUUCCAAGAAAUUCCUAAACUGAAUGAAGACUUGGUGCAGAAGCAAAAGCAACUAGAACAAAUUGAGACUGGAGAACUGGGGCUUAAUAAAAUUUGGAUAAAUAUCACAGAGCUUAAUAAACAGAUAUCUCUAUUGACCUCAACAGUAAAUCAUCUCAAAAACAACAUAAAGUCUGCUGCUGAUUUGAUUUCUCUUCCUCUCACAGUAGAGAAACUUCAGAAGACUGUGGCAAACAUAGGUAGCACCCUUACCAGUGUUUCUCAUGAUGUUGAAAAUAUCCAGACAGCUAUUGAAGAAUACAAGAAAUCCAUAGAAAUACUCCAGAAUGAUGUGGAGUUAAAACAGAUGCCUUCACUUCCCCCCACUGUUGUGCCAAGGACUGAGAGAAAUCAGACAGAAAGUUGCAGACAGGAAAGCCAGUCACUGCAUGCAGCUUUGGAGGAGCUAAAUAAUACUGUAGUGGUCUACCAAAAGUUGAAUGACAUCAAGGUUCUAAACGUGGAGUCAGCCAUUGGCAGCCUUAGCCGGAGGGUUAUGCUGUUAGAAAACUCUCCCCUUGUUGUGAAUAAUCUGGACAAAAGAGAGAACUUGUCUUUCAAUAUGGGGAAUGAUGCAACUACCUCUCUAAAAGUGGAAAAUGAAGAUCAAUUAAAUAAUGAAACUCAUUCAAAUAAAGAACUGAAGGAAACAGGAACUAGAGAUACUCAGGUAUUAAAACUAAGAGAGAAGCUUCAGCUGAUCAGUGCUCUCACAGGCAAGCCAGAAUAUGACCUUGAGACAUCAAAGAAUGUUGAAAGUAGUUCGAGUACUACAGCAAAGCCCACAGACCUUUCAAGGCUGGCUUCAAGGUCAGCUGAUGACAACACGGAGAGUAAUGGGCAGCUGAGACAUCUGUCCUUACCAGGAAUUUCCAGCAUCAAAGAUCUUCAGGAUUUGUUUGAAAAAGCCACUGAAGAUGCUGAUGGAAAACUGUCAUAUGAAGAUCUUCAAAAGCUGCUUGGCUUUACUGCCCAAGAGUCACAGAGCUUUAAGAAAUUUGACACAGAUGGAGACGAGAAAUUCUCAUUGCAAGAACUGAGAUUAGCUUUAGAUGUAUAGGACAUAUUUAGAAAUGUGAUACUGCUGGAUGCUGCUGUAGUGAAAGGAAACUACGGGACAUGAAAAACUACAUCUGCACUUUCCUGGUGUUUUACUGAUCUUCGAAGCUAAAUUGCUGUACACGUGGCCACCUCUUUUUUUCAUUUGCAUUUAUUGAAAAUAAAUUUACAAAUUUAUAUGUCGAUAUGACAUAAUAUUGGGACUGUGUUAAAAUCCAGAAAAUUCCCAAACUUGGAAACAUUUUCCUCUCAUUCUUUCCUUUUCAAGGGAGUUUUGUUUUUAAUUUAAAAUGUGUACAUACUAAAAUAAAAAUAUGGUUUUAUAUUUCACUGAAAUUUGCCUUAAAUUAGAGAGCUGCACUUUAUGUAGAGCAGAAAGAAAUCUGUCUUGUAAAGAUGGGCUUUUUCUGCUUGUAAAUAUUUGAGAUAGGGUAAA